AUGGAAGAGGCAGCCGAGCCCCUCGAAGAUGCCCUCCUUUUCGCCCUGGACGACCUGCGUGGGGAGAACUUCAAGCGCUUUAAAAACAAGCUGUGCUUCCUGAGGAUGGAGGGGAAGGCCCCCAUCCCCUGGAGCGCGGUGCGGGACGCCGACACCGUGGACACCGUGCAGCUGCUCCUGCAGGCCUACGGGGAGGAGGGGGCCCGAGACGUGGCCGCCCAGGUCCUCCAGGCCAUCCACCUGCAGGGUUCGGCCGCCAGGCUCCAAAAGUGGAAAUGGCACGAUUGCAGGAAGAAGUACAAACAGCAUAUCCAGGAGACCUUUCGAAGCCGAUGGGAGCAGCCCGUCCACCCGGGCACAAUGGUGACCCUCUGCCAAAGCUACACAGAGUUGCUUCUGACGAGGACCCCGUGCCCGCAGGGGAGAGCCCACGAACUGUCAGCUGUGGAGCGGAAGCACCGGGAGAUGGAGGCUCGCCCGAAAGACUUCCUUGAGGUCAGCCUGAAGAGUCUGUUUGAUUCGGAUGGCCAGUGCCAGAACUCCCGAACCACCGUGUUGUUGGGACCUGCCGGGGUGGGAAAAACUACAGCCACGUGGAAGAUCAUGCUGGACUGGGCAUCUGGCAAGCUUUGGCAGGAAAGGUUUGACUACGUCUUCUACAUCCCUUGUGGAGCGAUGGACCAUGACGGGGAGCCCGUGAGCAUGGUUGACCUGCUACUCACCCUCUGCCCUCCAGGAACUCUUCUAGAGGAGGACAUCUUCAUGCACCAAGACAGCAUCCUGGUCAUUGUGGAUGGUUUUGAUGAACUGAAGUCCCCCAGUCUCCUGAGUGAGAUGCUGAGCGGAGACCUCCACAAAAAGCAGGCCCCUUGGGACUUGGUGAGGGGUCUACUUGAGAAAAAGCUCCUUGCCAAGAGCCACCUUAUUGUGACCUCAAGGCCCACCGCUCUAGGGUCCCUCCAGCUAAGCCUGAAGUCACCACAGUUUGUGGAGGUUCUGGGGUUUCGCCCAGCUCAGAGGAAGGAGUAUUUCCACCGCUUCUUUGGGAACCAUGAAGAAGCCACCCGAGCCUUCGAAAUCAUACAGAGAAACGAAACCCUUUUCAGCAUGUGCUUCCUUCCCAUGGUCUGUUGGAUUAUCUGCUCCGUCUUCAGACAGAAGCCACAAAGCGGCCUCCUCAAGGUGGUCCCAGAGACAGCGACACUCACUGAAAUUCACACGCGGCUCCUGUUUAGUUUCCUCGAGGGUCGCUCCCGGCCGAGCAACCUGGAAGGCCUGUGCUCCCUGGCCAAAGACGGGGUGCUCUGCAAAAUGAUUGUCUUUGAUGAAGAAAUGUGGAAAGCACACAGCCUGAGCCACCCAGACUUGGAAGCCCUUUCUGCCAGUGGCAGGGUCCUCCGCCGAGAUGUCUUCCGAGCAGCCACGUAUAAGUUCACCCACUUAAGUUUCCAGGAAUUCUUUGCAGCCUUGUCCUUCCUUCUGGAGAAAGAUGAGAACUCUGGAUCAUCUCGGACAGACCUGAAUAAGGUUUUGGGAAGCAGGAAGGAACAGGGCGGUGACUACUCCAUGUUGUUGCGUUUCCUCUUUGGCCUCUCUAACAUGAAGAGGUUGAGUGCCCUUCAGAAAACAUGGCACUGCAAGACGUCUAGGAGGGGACUCUUGCAGGAAUUGUUGAGGUGGGUGGAAGAGGAAGCCAAGCACCAUUCUUUCAGGAGACAACAGGACUUGAUGGAACUGUGCCGUUGCGUCUAUGAGAUGGAGGACAUUGAGUUUGCUAAGAGCGUGAUGGGACAUGUCCACAGCCUGGAUCUUCGAGAUCAGCUCUCUACUGAGCUGGAUUUGGAAGCUCUUUCCUUUUGCCUGUCAGCUUCGGAGGUUUCCCACUCACUUUGGCUCUCUGGCUAUACGUUGAGCCCUGCAGGACUUGAGCAGCUCUUACCUGGACUCCUGGCGUCUUCAGCCAUCCAGCUGAAUCGCUGUGGACUGUCGACUGCUUCAUGUGAAACUCUCGCCUCAGUUGUGGAGACGAACCAGGGUCUGACCACUCUGGACCUGGGUGACAAUCCAUUGCGUGACUUGGGUGUGAUUUGUUUGUGUGACAGAUUGAUCCACUCGGGUAGUAAACUCCAGAGUCUCCGGCUGAAUUCUUGCAAUCUUACAGCUGCGGCCUGCGAGUCCUUGUCACUGUUCCUGGAAUCUAACCAGUGCCUAACUGAGCUGGAUCUGGGAGAGAAUCACCUGGGAGAUCUGGGAGUCCAGCAACUGUGUGGGGGGCUGAAGCACCCACAAUCCAGGCUGCAAAGACUCUUGUUGCACAGCUGCGGGCUCACGGCUGCUGUAUGUGAGGACUUGGCCUCCGUCUUGGGAACCAGCGAGACCCUGGCAGAGCUGGGCCUGGGCGAGAACCGGCUGGGAGAUGAAGGCGUCAGGCAGCUGAGCGCGGCGCUGAAGAGGCCGAGCUGCACACUCCAGAGACUGGCGCUGACAAUGAGGUUUCUCAAUCCAACCACGAAGAAGAAGCUGCAGGCGGCUUGUGCCAUCCACCCUGAGCUCCUCCUGGUGUCCUAUUACCCUCCUGGCUUCCCAGCUUUCCCGGGGGAAGACUCAUAG